AUGUCCGAACUUGUAGCUCGUGUUUCUUCGAACAACACACCGGCUCCUCCGGAGUCGAAUCCACCAGCUCAGCCGACUCUUGACGAAGGCGGCGACGAUGCCGGUGAUUAUCCCCAAAGAGCUGACGACGAGUCGGCACUUGGAAGCGUAACUUGGAAGCAAUACCUCACUCCCAACGAUGAACGCGAGCUAGAUCGACUCGAUUUGGAGCACAACAUGUUCCUCCGAACUUUUGGCAACCGGCUUGGAACUGCCCCGCCAAACGAAGAGAAAUCGAACGAAGGACGCGUUCUUGAUGCCGGUACAGGCACUGGCAUCUGGGCAAUUGAUUUUGGCGAUGAACACCCUGACGCCGAGGUUAUCGGCGUCGAUCUUCUUGCUAUUUGGCCAGAUUAUAUGCCUAUGAACGUGAGGUUUGAGAUCGAUGACCUCGAGGGGCCGUGGGUCUUUUCUCAGCCCUUCAACUACAUACACAGUCAAACAUGCAGGCGGGGAUUACCAAUUAGGCCAGUUACAUCAAGAAGUGCCAUGAUUGACAAAGUCAGCAACCUUGCUCCUGGUGGGUAUCUUGAGAUGAACGAGGUCGACCUCUUCCCGCAGUCAGACGACGGGACUAUCAAAGACGACUCUGCAAUCUUGGAGUCGACUCGGUUGCUCCAUGAAUGUUCAACUAUCUUUGGACGCUCGCCUCUGAAGCUGGAGGACCGGACUAAAACCAUGACCAAUGCGCACUACAAGGAGUGGGGUGCAUGGUGCCAUGAUGACCUCGUAGCUCGAUGGGAGGGUGUUUGCAUGGCACUUUUCACCAGAGCGCUGAAAUGGCCCAAAGAGGAGGUCAUUGUAUUCAAGGCUGAUGUGCGCAAGGAGUUUGUCAACAAGCAGAUCCAUCCAUACUUCUCAGUAUGGUCGGUCUACGGCAGGAAGCCCAGUACGCCAAAAUCGCCUGCUGUCGCUUGA